AUGGUUUAUAAAUUAGUCUGUUUAGGAAAUCCCCUACUGGAUAUCCAGUUCGAUGUCACCAAAGAGUACCUUGACAAGUACGGAUUGAAAGAGAAUGAUGCCAUUUUGGUAGAAGAGAAACAUAUGCCAAUUUUCGAUGAUGGCCUUAAAGAUCCUUCUGUUAAAUUAGUUGCCGGUGGUGCCGCACAGAAUACUGCUAGAGGAGCUCAAUACCUACUUCCAGAAAUCUCUGUAGUCUACUUUGGUUCUGUUGGUAACGACAAAUACGCUGAGAAGUUGCACGAAGCCAACAAAUCUGUCGGUCUGGCCACUAGGUACCAAGUUCAACCUGACAUUGGAACUGGUAAGUGUGCUGCUCUGAUCAAUGGCCCAAAUAGAAGUUUGGCCACCGAUUUGGGUGCUGCAAACCAUUUCAAGCCUUCUCAUUUACAAAAGCCGGAAAAUUGGGAGCUUGUCGAGAAGGCUUCCUUUUUCUACAUUGGUGGAUUCCACUUAACUGUGUCUCCAGAGGCUAUCAUCUUGCUAGGAAAACAUGCUGCUGAGAACAACAAAGACUUUGUUAUCAACUUCUCAGCUCCAUUCAUUGCUCAGUUUUUUAAAGACCCUCUCGAUCAAGUUGUUCCAUACGCUGAUUAUAUCAUUUGUAACGAAUCUGAGGCUGCUGCCUAUGCCGAAUCCCAUGAUUUGAAAGACAAGUCAUUGGUAGAGGUUGCAACUUACAUCGCUAAACUACCAAAAGUCAACUCAAAGAAGCCAAGAACUGUCAUUUUCACUCAAGGUUUAGACCCCACCUUGGUGGUUCGCGUUGAUGCUCAAGGUGAAGCUCAAAUCUCUGAAAUUGUCGUUCAUCCUUUGGCUGCGGACAAAGUCGUUGACACCAAUGGUGCCGGUGAUGCUUUCGCCGCUGGUUUCGUUGCUGGUCUUGUUCAAGGUAAAGAUCUGUUUGAAAACAUUGACAUCGGACAAUGGUUGGCAGCCGAAUCGAUCCAACAAGUUGGACCAUCGUAUCCUUUCCCUAAGAAGACUUAUCCUGGCAAGAAAAACUAA